UUAUCUGUCCCUCCCUUUUAACUCUCUCACUCUCUCUUUCCUUCUUCCUCUAGAACUCUCUCUCUCUCUCUCUCUUAGUUUCUCUUUCUUAGGGUUUCUGCUACUGAAUAAGACUCAGCUGGACUUUGUUGGAAUUUCUGUGCGAUCAAACUGUUAUAGUGUAAUUUCCUAUUUCUACAGAACAGGGUUUCAAACAUUUGGUAUUUGGAUGACCUUUAACUUCUUUAAAUUCUGGCGUUGACUAUACCUGCUUUAUUGAUUCUUAGCUGCAAGUCAUGAGAAUAACUAUCACAUAUAGAAAGCGUUCUGAUGACAGAAUAGUUUGGAAAAGAUAGCAUACUCCAGUACGGAACCAUGGAUCAAUCAGGACAAGCGCAGCAACAACAUCAACAGCCACAGCCACCAGUGGUUGGUGUUGUGACAGGUGCACAAAUGACAUAUGCUCCUCCUUCUUACCAAACAGCUCCCAUGGUUGCUUCUGGUACUCCUGCUGUAGCGGUCCCUUCCCCAACACAACCACCAACAACUUUCUCAAAUUCCCCACACCAGCUUGCAUACCAGCAAGCCCAGCAUUUCCACCAUCAACAGCAGCAACAGCAGCAGCAGCAGCUUCAGAUGUUCUGGGCUAAUCAAAUGCAAGAAAUCGAGCAGACAAGCGAUUUCAAAAACCACAGCCUACCACUUGCUCGAAUCAAGAAAAUCAUGAAGGCCGAUGAGGAUGUUAGAAUGAUCUCGGCCGAAGCUCCAGUCAUAUUUGCAAAGGCAUGUGAAAUGUUCAUCUUGGAGUUGACACUGCGUUCUUGGAUUCACACUGAAGAAAACAAAAGGAGGACACUACAGAAGAAUGAUAUUGCUGCUGCCAUUUCAAGGACCGAUGUCUUUGAUUUCUUGGUCGAUAUCAUCCCAAGAGAUGAACUGAAAGAGGAGGGACUUGGAGUCACUAAAGCUACAAUUCCAGUGGUGGGUUCACCUGCUGAUAUUCCAUAUUACUACGUCCCACCACAGCAUCCAGUUGGACCUACCGGAAUGAUCAUGGGGAAACCAGUAGAUCAAGCGGCUAUGUAUGCUGCCCAACAGCCUAGACCACCGAUGGCAUUCGUGCCGUGGCCACAAACCCAACCUCAACAACAGCAGCAGCAGCAGCAGCAGCAGCAACAACAGCAAACAGAGCAGUGAAGACCGUUACGGUAUCAGCAUCACUGUAGUUGUUGUUUUGGUAUUCUGGUGUCUAGCUGCAGCUUGCUGAUUGUUUUAAGUGACGAAUUUAAAGUUGUAGUUGUAGGUCUUUUAGCGUUUAGUUGGCAGUUGCAAAUCUGAUACACACACAAGGUCUUUUAGGGGAAGCGAAACUAUAUGCCACCAUUGUCAAAAUGCAAAGUUGUUGUAUCUUGUAUGGUUUUUUAUUAUGCUUUUAAAAUCUUGAAAUUA